CAGUGCUAGCAAGAGAGGGAGAGGGAGGAACGAAUACGUCGCUUCAUGCCGCCGCCGCUCCUGCUACCUUACGGAACAUUAUAACCCAUCGGUCCUCACGGAAAACGACCAAACGCUAUCGGUUUCUUCACAAAGGACGGAAUUUAAACGAUGUAUUGUUCGGGAGGCGUGAUGCUGGCGCUUCUCGCGGCUCUGCAGGUGGCAGUCCAGGGCACAGGGGCGAUGCUGUGUCAGCCGGGUUUCACGGAGAAAGAGUACAACGUCAUCACCAGUGAUCUCAUCACUGAGGGACAAGCUCUGCUCAAAGUGGAUUUUGUGGACUGUGGCAGAGGUUCAGGCUUGCGCUUCAACAGCGGAGACCCUGCAGAUUUUCGGAUAGAUGCCGACGGAACGGUAUUCGCCGCACGAACCCUACUGCUUUCCGAAAGGAAAGGGCGAGGCUUGGAGAUUAUAGCCAAGGAUGGGACAUCUCAGUGGGUGGUUUACGUAAACUUCACUCUACCCAAGCAGCUACCAGAGAUAGUGUUUCCGAAGCACAGUGUGGUUGUCAUGGGAGACGGUAGCGUGAAUCGUGUGAAAAGAGACUGGGUCAUCCCACCCGUCAACGUGCUUGAGAACUCCAGAAAACAAUUCCCGGAAGAACUCGUCAAAAUCCAGUCGGAUAAAGAUAAGAGUAACACGCUGCGCUACAGUGUGACCGGGCCAGGCGCCGACCAAAACCCAACUGGUCUGUUUAUCAUCGACCCCAUUUCAGGAAUCCUGUCUGUUACCAAGCCGCUUGACAGAGAACAUAUCCCCAACUUCCAUCUACGCGCUCAUGCCGUGGACAUUAACGGAAACCAGAUGGAGAACCCCAUCGACAUCAUCAUCAACGUCAUCGACAUGAACGACAACAGGCCCGAGUUCACGCACCAGAUUUGGAACGGAACCGUGGAUGAGGGCGCCAAACCAGGUACUUUUGCGAUGACUGUGACCGCCCAGGAUAAAGAUGACCCGAAUACAGCCAAUGGGAUGCUUAGAUACAAGAUCCUGUCCCAGACCCCAGAGAGCCCCUCCUCAAACAUGUUCACUAUCAACAACAAGACCGGAAAAAUCAUCACUGUAGCUGCCGGCCUGGACCGAGAGAAGGUGCCUCAGUACACGCUGAUCAUUCAGGCCACUGAUAUGGAAGGAAACCCCAUGUACGGCUUGUCCAACACAGCCACCGCGGUCAUACGCCUACUGGAUGUCAAUGACAACCCCCCAGAGUUCACCCGCGAUACUUUCCAUGGCGAGGUCCCAGAGAACCGUGUGAAUGUGAUAGUGGCAAAUCUCACCGUGACAGACAAAGAUGAACCGGGGACUCCUUCAUGGAAUGCCGUGUACCGGAUAAUAUCUGGGGAUCCGACCGGUCGCUUUUCCAUCCCUACUGACCCCGUUAGCAAUGAAGGUCUCGUCACUGUCGUCAAGCCAAUUGAUUUCGAGAUUAAUCGAUCAUUCAUGCUGACUGUUGUGGCUGAAAAUGAGGUGCCACUGGUGAGCGGCAUCCAUCGCACGCGCCAGUCAACCGCCACCGUGUCGGUGCGUGUCAUCGACGUAAACGAAAGCCCAAACUUCGACCCCAACCCCAAACCGAUCAGACUGGAGGAGGGUCUUCCGCAGUGGUCGAUGUUAACGACUUUCACCGCACAUGAUCCAGACAGAUACAUGCAGCAAACCAUUAGGUACUCUAAGUUGUUUGAUCCCGCCAGCUGGCUGGAAAUUGACGCUAAUAGUGGACGAAUUUCUACCAUCGCUGUUUUGGACCGAGAAUCUCCGUACGUCAGAAACAACCUAUAUAACGCCACAUUCAUGGCCUCUGACAACGGUAUCCCACCUGCGAGCGGGACAGGAACUCUGCAGAUUUACCUGCUGGAUAUAAACGACAACGCUCCCCGAGUCUUUCCUCAGGAAGCGGAAGUCUGCGAGCGCCCAGAGCCCAACGCCAUCAAUAUUACGGCGGUAGACGGCGAUCUCAACCCCAACGCUGGGCCGUACGCAUUCGACCUGCCCAACCGACCCACCGACGUGCGCAGAAACUGGACACUAACUCGAAUCAGUGGGGAUCACGCUCAGUUAAGUCUUAAGAUCAGUUACCUGGAAAGUGGGAUUUACGAGGUGCCCAUUAGCAUCACAGACUCGGGCAACCUGCCCAUGUCCAACACGACUUUCUUGCGCAUCAAAGUGUGCCAGUGCGAUCACCACGGCGAUUGCGUGGACAUGGAGCGCAUCAUGGCCGCCGGGCUGGGCACCGGAGCCAUCAUCGCCAUACUCAUCUGCAUCAUCAUCCUGCUGGUGCUGGUGCUGAUGUUUGUGAUGUGGAUGAAGAGACGAGAUAAAGAGAGACAGGCCAAGCAGCUGCUGAUCGACCCAGAGGACGACGUGCGCGACAACAUUCUGAAGUAUGACGAAGAAGGCGGAGGAGAGGAAGACCAGGACUACGAUCUGAGUCAGCUACAGCAGCCUGAUACUCUGGAGCCAGACAUGAUCAAGCCCGUCGGGAUCCGCCGUCUGGACGAGCGGCCGAUGCACUCCGAGCCCAACUAUCCCCUCCGCUCGGCCGCACCCCACCCUGGAGACAUCGGAGAGUUCAUCCACGAGGGUCUCAAAGCAGCCGACACGGAUCCCACGGCCCCUCCGUACGAUUCCCUGCUGGUCUUUGACUACGAGGGCAGUGGCUCCACGGCCGGAUCGCUCAGUUCCCUUCAUUCCUCCAGCAGCGGAGGCGACCAGGACUAUGACUACCUCAACGACUGGGGGCCUCGCUUCCGCAAACUUGCCGACAUGUACGGAGGCAACGAUGACUAGCUCGCACCAUCACCGCAGGACCACAAAAAGAGUCGGAGGGAAGACGGCGAAAAGUAAAAGAAAACAACAUCAAAAAUUAAACAGUGUGGCACUUUUUUUUUAUCGCGGGACGUGACAGUGUGCAGAAUCAAAACAAUGAAGAAACCAAUAUACCCUGAGAGAAUAAAGACACAGAAAGUGGAAGGAAGAUCACCAUGGCAACAAAACCAGGUCUCUCCGAGGCCCUCUGUUAUAGACGGAGGGGGUCUAAUGAAGGAAAUGUGACACGUUUCGGUUCAGCCCAGGAUUUUUUUGCCUAAGUUUGAAGGAUUAUCGGUACAAACGUUAUGAAGGAACAAUUGAAGGACGUUUAAAUGAAUGCUAAGUUACACUUGAAUCUCACAGUACAGAAGCACUGGGAUAUUACGUGCCUUUUUGUACAUUUUUUGUUUUUACAUUUUUCUUUAGGUCCUUGUUUAUUUGAUCCGAUGUUGUUUUUCUGUUCGAUGGCUUUUGAUGGCUCAGAGUUUUGGAGUGUUUUUGUCGUGAGCCCGUUUAUGAUGUUUUACGCUUCUACGUGCUUUCGUUUGCGUUUCUCACCGCUGUUCGUUCACGUCACGUAUCAAAACCAAGACUUUGGGAGAACGAGAACGCUUAGAGAGAACAGCUUUGUACAGUAUGCUAGAAAAUAGAUUUCAGUUUUUUUUUAUAUCCAUAACUUUUCCACCAAAACGUUAACUUAUGCAGCCAAUUGCAAAUGAGAGACGAGCAUCAUAAUUAUUUGGUAGCAGAACUCUGUUUUGUUCAUUUGUUUUCUCUGCAUUUUCUUUUUUGAAGUGAUUUAGUAUUUUGCAAAUGAAAACAUUCAGUUUUUUCAAAUGUCAUCUGCCUUAGUCAUCCUGGUAUUCUUUCAUGCCUGUUAUUCUUUGGUUUUUUACUCCACUGUAAAUUAAAUGGCGUGUACAUAGUUUUUUGUUUCGUUUUUCCUCUUUUGAUGUAGUCUAUGAAGACGAACAGGGCGUGAAGAACUUGUAUAUGUAUAAUUUGGACUACACACAAAAGGAGUUUUGCAUGUUUUUAUCUUUUCCGUAUAAAACAGUCUUUCUGACAUUGAUUUACACACAAAUAAAGAAAUGCCCACCUAUAAGGAGACAAAGAGACUAAAGCCAAUAAGUGAGUAGCGGUAGUUUGGUCCAGAAACCUUUUAAUUCCAUCCUUCCCCUUUCAUUCUUACUAACAUUCCUGUUUCGUUUCGGCGUUUGGCCCGGUUAACAACCUUUCAAUCGAGAGUUCUCUCAUUUCACAUCUUGACGUCUAUUGUCAAGGAUCUCUUCAUCAUGACCUUCCAAUUUUCUCUUUGUUCUCCUCUUCUACGUUCUUCAUUUCCCUCGUCUUCUCCCCUGGGCCGCUCUCAUGGAUCAAAGAGGUCGAGUGACGUUCGAGGCUCUGAUGCCAUAUUUCUAAUCGCAGACAGUCCUUUGGGAUCUUCGUUUUUGGACUGAACUUUAGUGGUGGACUGAAGGCCCCAUCAUAACUGUCUCUGCCUGUUAGAAAACCGUAUUGGUGUGCGUGCGUGUGUGUGUAUUACUGGAUGCAGUCAGAGAUGACCUGUGUAGCGCCAAUUAAAAGAGCAGAAGAAAAGCAGUCCACUCAUGAAACUGACAGCCAUAUAAUGAUCAACAGCUUUUUAAUGAACGAUGGCUGUCCAGAGUUCUGUGGGCUCUGUUUGCAAUUACUUGUUGAUAUUAUGACCCAUCGCAGCCCAAAUGACCAAUAAAAGUCUAAUUUUGGAAAUGUU